AACACCAUCUCGACGGUCCGCGACUUUCCCGCACUCGCUCAUGCUACCAUAAACUUUCCCAGGCUCGCAAUGCCGCCUCGAAUAUCAGUGGCAGCGCCCAGAAGCCUGUCGUCACGAUCGACAGUCCUGGUUCGUCGGAGGUUUGCUUCAAGCUCCGCAAAUGUCCCCGAGAUCUACGAUGUCGUCUGUGUAGGCGGCGGGCCAGCAGGAUUGAGUUUGCUCACGGGAUUGAAAGCGUCGCCAAUCACUAGCGCGUUAAAGGUUGCACUCAUUGAAGGUCAAGAUUUGCAGAAAAGUCGACUACCACAAGAUGCGAGUUUGGACACUUUCUCAAAUAGAUGUAGCUCCCUCACGCCGGCAUCUGUGAGAAAUCUACAGGAAAUUGGAGCAUGGGCGCAUGUAAAUGCACCCAGAGUGCAGCCAUACCAGGAGAUGCAAGUGUGGGAUGGCGUGAGCGAUGCGCGCAUAUCCUUUGACUGGCACACUGCAAAGCCGCUUCUAAGUCCUCGUAACCCUGCACAACCCACGACAAUCGCCUACAUGAUCGAAAACGUCAACACUGUCACAGCCCUUCUUAGCCGGCUUGAACAACUGGGGGGUGUCGAUUUCUACACGUCUACAAAGGUCGAGUCAAUUGAAUUGGGCGUUGAUACAGAGACAAUGGACUUUUCAUCUUGGCCAACUCUCAAGUUGUCAAAUGGAAAGACAUUGGCCGCUAGGUUGUUGGUGGGAGCUGAUGGUGCAAAUAGUCCUGUUAGGACAUUUGCUGGCAUCGAGUCGCGAGGCUUUGACUACGCUAGACACGGUGUGGUGGCCAGUCUGAAGCUGGAGGGACAAGGCUGGGGUGGACCAGACCACAAGAUUGCAUAUCAGCGCUUCUUGCCAACUGGACCAAUUGCCAUGCUUCCACUCCCUGGCAACAUGUCAACACUUGUGUGGAGCACCACGCCCGAACGUGCGGCGAAACUCAAGGCCUUGUCACAGAAUGAUUUUGUCGCAAUGGUCAACGCAGGCUUCCGUCUAUCACCAACAGAUCUCGAAUACCUCCACACUUUAUCAUCGGGACAAGAAGAGGAAAUAGCAUGGCGAGAGAAGCACACACCAGUCGAUGAACGUGCAGUUCCCAUGAGAGUAGUAUCAGCCCAAGCCGGCACUGUUGCAUCCUUUCCUCUCCGGAUGCGACAUGCCGAUACGUAUACCGGGGAACGAGUAGCGCUUGUCGGCGACGCUGCACAUACCAUACACCCGCUCGCAGGCCAAGGACUAAACCAAGGCCAAGGCGAUGCAGCAACUCUCGUCCGAACGAUAUCGCAUGCAGUGCAGACGGGUCAAGAUAUCGGCUCGACCCUGGCGUUAGAAAGCUACACCAGCGAACGCUAUGCGGAAAACAACGCAAUGCUAGGUGUGUGCGAUAAGCUGCAUAGAUUGUACAGUGUAGAAUCAGGACCCCUUGUCGGACUACGCAGCUUGGGGUUGCGAGCUGUAGAUUCAAUGGGUUCGCUUAAGAGCUUCUUCAUGAGUCGGGCAGCGGGCGGAUCGUAG